GUCGAUUUUAAAUCCGAUUUGGAUCAUUAUUUUAUCUAUAGAUUAGAAUUAAGGAGUAUUUCUUAGAUGAUUAAGUAUGUUGAAUUGUUGCUAUUUAAUUUUCCUAGAUAUUGAUCCAUCAGACUAAUUUAGAUCACUUUAAAAUGCAGGGCUGAUAGCAAAUCAUUUUUGUCUAUCUGUUGAUUACUUUCCUUGUCGUUGAGCAAAUCGUCACGAGAAUAUCUACAACAACUAAAUUGCUAUCAUCCCUGCACAUUCCAAAAAUUACUUCCGUCUGAUAUCAAUCUUGCAUAAUUUUCCGAAAGAGAGAGUGAACUCUAGAAUGAUUGCGAGUACUUUCAAAGUUCUCAGUGUGAUUGGUGCGCAAAUAACUUUCCAUUCCAAAGUACCACUUUGAUUAACGAGACCACCACUUACCAUGCAGGUUUGCGCGGAUGACGCCGUGUCGUCAGUCAGUCAGUCAGUCUGUAAUGAGACCGCCGCCGAUGAGGAAGGCUCUCUCAAAAAUCUCAGGUUAUUUUCGAUACAGUUCUUGGGCGGGGUACGUUCGCGGAAAUUGGAGAAAAGCAAGACUCGCACUCUGGCAUUUUUCCCGAGAAUUUCCCGGAACGGCUGCCCGCCGCCUGGAUUGCAUCGACCACAAAGGUGUGAGAAUGAUGGUGAAGCGAGUGUGCGAUCUUAAAAACUGAGAACAGAAAAUUAUUAAUCACAAAGAUUUUUUUAGGAACCCGACAAAUCCCCACUCUCUUAAAAGCCACAACGUGAAACGUGAACAUUUUUCUGCCUGAUUUUUUCUCGUUGAUUAGUGUUUUAAAGAAAUUACGAAAUAAACUCACUGAACGAUAACAAUUUUCCAGCUUGUUGUUUAAAGUAAUCGCUCUUGUAUAAGAAUUCAAAGAUUUGAGACAAGGCAGAAAAAAUGUUUCGCGCACUGAGGAUCUGGCUGAGACACGCGGAAAGACUCCCGAUGUCGGUUCGCGUUCCUACACGCAGAUCAUGCGCGAGCAGCAGCUCCAGGGUGAAGAGGCCGAGCUUCGUAAAAAGAUCCAGGAAAAGGCCAAAGAUGGAACACUGAAGGUGAACAGUAGCAGCAGCAGCAGCUCCAGCAGUGCCAAUGGCGAUGCGAGCAGCAAAGCGAUGAUGGCAGCCGAGCCGAAGAAGCGCGGUCGCUGGGAUCAAACGGUGGAGGAGUCGUUCGUGCCGCCGAAGAAGCUGUCCGUGCCGGCGACGCCAACGUGGGGAGAUGCGGAGAAAACUCCGGCCGAUCACCGCUGGGAUGAAACUCCCGGUCACAAGGGCAGCGAAACGCCCGGAGCAACGCCGAGUGUCCGCAUCUGGGAUGCCACGCCGGCCCAUUCCGGUGCCACUCCGGGCCGUGAAACCCCGGCGGAAAAAUCCACCCGUCGCAACCGAUGGGACGAAACACCGAAAACCGAACGCGAAACCCCAGGGCACUCGUGGGCGGAAACACCCCGUGCCGAUCGUGGACCAAGUGACAGCGCCAUGGACAGUACCACUCCGGCAUCGAAACGGCGUUCCCGUUGGGACGAGACGCCUUCGAACGCCACGCCUUCGGCAAUGACGCCGUCGAUUGCGAUGACACCGACUCCGCAUGCCACCCCGGGACAUGCUACUCCGUUGUUAACCCCAGGAGGGACGACCCCGAUCGGACACAAAGCCAUGGCCAUGGCAACGCCCACGCCGGGACACUUGGCAUCGAUGACACCGGAACAGCUUCAGGCUUACCGCUGGGAGAAGGAAAUCGACGAAAGGAACAGGCCGUAUAGUGACGAGGAACUGGAUGCUAUGUUCCCAGCAGGGUACAAGGUCUUGCCUCCGCCAGCCGGAUACAUUCCGAUCCGUACGCCGGCUAGGAAGCUGACCGCGACUCCGACUCCCAUGGCUGGAACUCCGGCCGGGUUCUUCAUGCAGGCCGAGGACAAGAGCGCCAAGUUCAUCGAUAAUCAACCGAAAGGUAAUUUGCCUUUCAUGAAACCGGAAGAUGCCCAGUACUUCGACAAACUGCUGAUCGACGUCGAUGAGGAAGCUCUGAGCCCAGAGGAGCAAAAGGAGCGAAAGAUUAUGAAGCUCCUGCUGAAAAUCAAGAAUGGAACUCCGCCGAUGCGAAAGGCCGCUCUUCGUCAGAUCACGGACAAAGCCCGUGAGUUCGGUGCCGGGCCGCUGUUUAAUCAGAUCCUACCGCUGCUGAUGAGUCCCACCCUGGAGGAUCAGGAACGUCACUUGCUGGUCAAGGUCAUCGAUCGAAUUCUGUACAAGCUGGACGAUCUGGUUCGUCCAUAUGUGCACAAGAUCCUGGUCGUCAUCGAACCGCUGCUGAUCGACGAAGAUUACUAUGCCCGUGUGGAAGGUCGAGAGAUCAUCUCCAAUUUGGCCAAGGCCGCCGGGUUGGCCACUAUGAUCUCCACUAUGCGUCCCGAUAUCGACAACAUCGACGAGUACGUCCGAAACACGACGGCUCGUGCCUUCGCGGUGGUUGCAUCGGCUCUCGGAAUUCCUUCCCUGUUGCCUUUCCUGAAGGCUGUGUGUAAAAGUAAGAAAUCCUGGCAGGCUCGGCACACCGGUAUCAAGAUCGUCCAGCAGAUUGCCAUUCUGAUGGGUUGCGCCAUUUUGCCGCAUCUGAAGUCGUUGGUGGAAAUUAUCGAGCACGGACUUGUCGACGAGCAGCAGAAGGUCCGCACGAUUACGGCGUUGGCCUUGGCUGCGCUUGCGGAAGCCGCCACCCCGUACGGUAUCGAAUCGUUCGAUUCCGUGUUGAAGCCUCUGUGGAAGGGUAUCCGGACGCAUCGCGGUAAGGGCUUGGCUGCGUUCCUCAAAGCCAUUGGGUAUCUGAUCCCGCUGAUGGACGCCGAGUACGCUAACUACUACACCAGGGAAGUGAUGUUGAUUUUGAUCCGAGAGUUCCAGUCGCCGGACGAGGAAAUGAAGAAGAUUGUGCUGAAGGUCGUGAAGCAGUGCUGCGCCACGGAUGGUGUGGAAGCGCAGUACAUCAAGGAGGAAAUCCUACCGCACUUCUUCAAACACUUCUGGAAUCACCGGAUGGCACUGGAUCGUCGUAACUACCGACAGCUGGUGGACACAACGGUGGAAAUCGCCAACAAGGUGGGCGCCUCCGAAAUCAUCAACCGAGUGGUGGACGACCUCAAGGACGAAAACGAACAGUACCGCAAGAUGGUGAUGGAAACGAUCGAGAAGAUCAUGGGCAACUUGGGGGCGGCCGAUAUCGAUUCCCGCUUGGAGGAACAGUUGAUCGACGGAAUCCUGUACGCGUUCCAGGAACAGACAACGGAGGAUGUGGUUAUGCUGAACGGAUUCGGAACGAUUGUCAACCAGCUGAGCAAACGGGUCAAGCCGUAUUUGCCGCAGAUUUGCGGUACCAUUCUGUGGCGGUUGAACAACAAGUCGGCUAAAGUGCGACAGCAGGCAGCAGAUUUGAUCUCCCGCAUUGCCGUGGUCAUGAAGACCUGCCAGGAGGAAAAACUGAUGGGUCACUUGGGUGUCGUUCUGUACGAAUACCUCGGUGAAGAAUACCCGGAAGUGUUGGGUUCCAUUCUGGGUGCCCUCAAGGCCAUCGUCAACGUAAUCGGUAUGACCAAAAUGACCCCUCCCAUCAAGGAUCUCCUGCCGCGUCUGACCCCCAUUCUGAAGAAUCGUCACGAAAAAGUCCAGGAGAAUUGUAUCGAUCUGGUGGGACGAAUUGCCGAUCGUGGACCGGAGUACGUGUCGGCUCGUGAGUGGAUGCGAAUCUGUUUCGAGCUGCUUGAGCUGCUCAAGGCUCACAAAAAGGCCAUCCGGCGAGCCACGGUCAAUACGUUCGGUUACAUUGCCAAGGCUAUCGGUCCGCACGAUGUGUUGGCGACGUUGCUGAACAAUCUGAAGGUCCAAGAACGACAGAACCGAGUCUGUACCACGGUGGCCAUCGCCAUCGUGGCGGAAACUUGUCGACCAUUCACCGUGCUCCCCGCGCUGAUGAACGAGUAUCGCGUGCCGGAGCUGAACGUGCAAAACGGUGUCCUCAAAUCGCUCUCCUUUUUGUUCGAAUACAUCGGAGAGAUGGGCAAGGAUUACAUCUACGCCGUUUGUCCGCUGCUGGAGGAUGCCCUGAUGGAUCGAGAUCUGGUCCACCGGCAGACGGCUUGCGCUGCCAUCAAACACAUGGCCCUCGGCGUCUACGGAUUCGGCUGCGAAGAUGCGCUGAUCCAUCUGCUGAACUACGUGUGGCCGAAUAUCUUCGAGACAUCGCCCCAUCUGGUGCAGGCCUUCAUGGAUGCCGUCGAGGGUCUGCGGGUGGCACUGGGACCGAUCAAAAUCCUUCAGUACACCCUGCAAGGCCUGUUCCACCCGGCACGAAAGGUAAGAGACGUCUACUGGAAAAUUUACAAUUCGCUGUAUAUCGGAUCGCAGGACGCGCUCAUCGUCGGUUAUCCGCGGAUUUCCAACGAUCCCCAGAAUCCGUACGUUCGCUACGAGUUGGAUUAUGCGCUCUAGGUGGUGUAUCCUAUCGACAUUUAACUAUAGGAAAUAGAUUAACAACUAUUAUAUCAUAAUACAUUCUUAAUAUCGUGUGUACGAUCAAAAGUAGCUGUACCAACAAUAAAGGGAUUCACGACUUGGCGAGUGCUGUUAGACGGCAA